AUGGUUCCCCCUUCGUUCUCGGAUCUUGGUAAAGAUGCACGGGACUUACUCUUUAAAAAGUUUUAUUUUGGACUGUAUAAUAUUCACUGCACGACAAAGAAAAUGACAUCGAAUUUAAAGCCGAUAUUAGUGAUGGACCUAAACCAAAUAAGAUGCAUUUCAACCUGCAGGAAAAGUUCUCGUUUCCACAAUAUGGUCUAA